AGAGGAGAUAGAGAAGAGAAGGUAGUUAUUUUAGUGUGUUUUUCUCCGUGACGUCAGCCUUCUUUUGAUUUUUUUUUUUUUUUUUUUUUUGAGAAACUGGGCUAGAGUUAGAUAAACACUCGACCCUCGGGGGAGAGGUUGCGCAAACGAAGAAAGACGCUAAUGAAUAAUAAUAAUAAUAAUAAUAAUAAUAAUAAAUAAUAAUAAUAGCUGCGUGUGCGUGUGCGUGUGCGUGUGCGUGUGCGUGCACUGCCGUGAAAAAAAAAAAAAAAAAUGCUGAUUUCACGAAAGCUAAGCCCAUUUAGGACUCCUUUAUAGCUCUCUACUGUGUCGAGAUUUUUAUUUUUAUUAUUAUUUUUAUUUUGAUGCGCGCAAAGGAAAAGAGCAGAUAGCGCAAGCGGUUGCUGAUGGAUUUGACUGGAAACAUUAUUUAUACAUAUAUAUAUAUAUAUACAUAUAUUUUUUUUAAAAGCUUGGAAAAUAGCAUCGUAAACAGCGUUCAUCAGCGGAUUUCUAUCGCUUUGUAAAAGGAGGACUGGGUAUAUUUGAAAGAGUAAAAAUAAUAUUUUUUUUUUUUUUUACACCUUGGCGGAUAGCCUAUUCCUAUGGAUUAUUAUUAUUAUUAUGAUUCGUGUUAUUGCCUGAUUUCUAUGAAGGCAAACUGGAUUACAGCCGAAUAGAGGCUGGUGUCAUUUCAAACUGUCAAAAUUUGCCACCACCUAGAAUUGAAUUUCCCAGGACAGCCUUUGAUACACCUGGGAGGGAAAAGAAGACAAACAGCAAAGCCAGGGAAGAGCGAGGGCUGCGGCGCAACCGUUUAAAACAGAGAUCGGGGAUUCGAAACAUAAGAGAUUAUUUGUAGCAUUACUGUAUUCGCUUUACAAAAAAAAAAAAAAAAAAACAGACACACUCUUGCAAUAAAUGCAGCUGAUAAACUGCAUUGCAUAAAAACGAUUUGCUCUUUUGCUUUCGUAAACUGGAAAUACAGAUUUAAAAAAAUAAAAAAUAAAUUGGAUCUCAUAUAUAUAUAUAUAUAGAUAUUAAUAUCAGUAUAAAAGAUGGGAAGCGACAGUGAAGUUUUAAACAGGGAGCUUUCUAAAAUGACCGAUGAAGACUUGUUGGCUUGCAGCAAAGACGAACUGCUCCGGCGUUUGAGAAAAGAGGAAUCGGAAAAAAUCUCCACCCUCAUCCAGCGAGGCCGCCUCAUAAAAGAGGUGAACAAGCAGCUGCAGGAGCACUUGCUGGAGAUCCGGGAGCUCAAGGUGGUCAACCAGCGGCUGCAAGAGGAGAACCUAGAGCUGCGGGACCUGUGCUGUUUCCUGGACGAGGACCGGCUCAAAGUGAAGAAGCUUGCCCGGGAGUGGCAGCUGUUCGGCCGGCACGCCGCCAAGGUGAUGCGGGAGGACCUCGGGGGCUUCUUGAAGAAGCUGGCCGAGCUCGAACGCCACCAGGAAGGGGUGGUCAAGGAGAAUUUGGACCUCAAGGAGCUGUGCUUGGUUCUGGAAGAGGAGUGCGUGAGCCGGAGCGACAGCAGCCCGGCCGGGUCGUCCGAACUCAACCUGCAGUGCCUGGCUCGGGAUUUUGGGGACGGUAGUUCGAGCACCGGCAGCGUUGGGAGUCCGGAUCAGCUGCAUAUUGUUUGUUCCCCGGAUGAUUGAAUGUAACGAGGCAGUUUGUUGAUUGGCUCGUCUUGCCGGUUGAGGAGGAUAUACAGGGGCACUGCCUGGCUGAACUAUUUAACGAACGACAAAAAAAAGCAAACAGCUUUUUUUUUUAAAAGCGUCUGUAGCUCUUAGCAGGCGGCCAGAGAGACUGUCUGUUCGUGAGCACUACUGGGAAGCGUUUUAAAAAAAAAGCCUGUAUCUGUAUAUGUUGUUUGUUUAUUGGCUUGGUGGGGGGGGGGGGUAAUUUUAUUUCUUGCUUUUAAAAAACGAUACUAUUGAAGCUGCUUGCCCUCGCUUUAGAAACUGACCUAGUUUUCCAAUGUGAUUCGUGUUUGGUUCUGUUAUGUGCCCCGAUCCUGUGACCACAUCAGCUGCAGCUUUCAAACGCCACAAAGCCAGGCUUUCUGCAACGCAAAUAAUCUUAUCAUUUCCUCGUUUUCAUUUUUAGCUUUUAACUGUGAGCAUUUUGCAAACCCAGUGUAGAGCAACCCUAUUGCACAGCAGUGUGAUCCAGUCCAGGUUUCACUGCUACCAGCUUGAUCAGCCCCCAGUGUGUCUAGCUA